CACAAUUCCAGCCGGAGCAGUACUCAUGUGAACUUCCUGUGGCUAUUUUCUCGCUGGCUGAUGAUACUUUUCCAGAGUUUAUAUUGAAGCAAUAUCAACGUUUCUUAUUAGGAUGAUGGCCACCUGUUUGGCUCCUUCCAAUCCUACUGCCGUUGCCUCAUUUCUGUCCACAUUACUGCCCAAUGGCUUUGCUGUGGGGCCUUCAGGGUCCUGUAAGGGAAGACUUGGACUGUGGUGGGUUGGCCAAGCUCUGCAGGUUGGAUUCCUGCUGGGGAAGGAAGGGGAUGCAGAAUGGGUAGAGAAGUUUCAGACUGGCCCAAUGUCUCCCCAGGACCUCAUUGUGACACUGCAAACACUGGAAGAAAAGGCACCUAUGCAAAUAGCCACAAACAAUGAUGUUGCACUCCACAAUGCUGUCUGGAUCAGUUUUGCCUGCCAGGUGCAAAGCAAAGAUCGGCACAAUGUAGCAGUGCAAUGCUCAUGCGGAGAGAUGUGUGUGGGCAAAUGUGUGGGGGUGUGUUUGCGUGUGUGUCAUGAGAUCCAGCCGGGAACUGAACUGCUGUUGAGUGGUGAGAUUGAGGGAAGACGUGAUGCAAAAGAAAGACUUGAUGCACAGGACUUCUCUGGAAAACAACAAGGAGAUUACUCAGCACAGAUUUUAAUGGAUUCAGGAAUUGCUGUUCUCCACCCAAAGAUCGAUAAUGAGACCGAAGAAGAGGAAGCACAAAACAAGGAAUCUUUUGAAAGUUCAAAGACUGACGCAACUACACUUGAUCCUAUCGAAGGCAGACAGGAUGGAAGUAGCACUGCAAUUAACAAUACUGCUGAAGAAGCCAAUACUGUUAUGACAUCAAAUGGCCACAAUGACAGCAUUGACCAUGUAAUGGUUGAAGUAGACACUAGGUCAAAUUUGAACUUUGUAGACAGGCAGACAAAUACCUUAAUUGGGUCACCUCUUCCUGUCCGAUGUAGCUCUCGCCUGGCAACUAAACCACGACAGGUUCACUGCCUGACCAGCCGAGAGAAGAAACUCCCUCUCCACCCACGCCCAGACAGACAUAGAGACAAGCAAAAGAGUAUAAAAAAGGUUGCCAAGUCCUCUCCAGAAGCAGUGGUUUCGACUGUAACAUCACAUUCUGAUGCUGUGACUAUAAUAGCAGAAAAUGUGACAGUUGAAAGUCCCACUUGCUGCCCAGAGGUGAGAGAGAGGCGUUACGGGUGUUCCGAGUGCGGGAAGAAGUUCUACCAGGUUGGCCACUUAAAGAAACACCAGUUCAGUCACACAGAAGCAAAGCCCUUCACCUGUCAGGACUGUGGCAAAAACUACACCUCUGCAGAGAGCUUCAAGGCCCAUCAGCUGAGCCACCGUGGGGAGCGUCCGUUUUCCUGUCCCCACUGUGAAAAGACCUAUGGCCUGAAGCGGGACCUCAAAGAGCACUUGGUCCUGCACACAGGCGAGAAGCCGUAUGUCUGUGAGCACUGUGGCAAGUCCUUUGCACGUCGUCCCUCGCUGCGCAUCCAUCGCCUCCUUCACUGCAGCAAAUUGAUUUAUUCACACCCUCCAAAGUUGCAGUGCAGCCUCUGCCCCAAGCUUCUGGCAAACUCUGGUUCUCUGAGGAAUCACAUGAAGCUCCACACCGGAGAGAAACCUCACAUCUGCCAGCACUGUGGAAAAAGUUUCGGUCAGAAAGGUAACCUCGAUAGCCAUUUGAGAAUUCACAGUGGAGAGAAGCCAUAUACCUGCUCUGAAUGUGAUCAAAGUUUCGCUCAGAAAGCUGAACUUUUCCGCCACAGGUUUUCACACACCGGCGGCGGUUUUCUUUGUAGUUAUUGUGGAAAAUCCUUGAGGGACCCACAUAGCCUGAAGUCCCAUGAAAGAUUGCACACUGGUGACAGGCCCCAUCGUUGCCCCAUCUGUGGAAAAGGCUACACUCUGGCCACAAAGCUGAGGAGACAUAUCAAAUCUUCUCACGUGACAGAAAAGCCCUACAGCUGUUCCUGCGGUGCCUCCUACACUCUGAGACAAAGUCUAUGGAGGCAUCAAGCGCAGCACCAGUCACAAGAGGCAACACAGGAGGAGCUCAAGGAAGGACUGCGACAGAAGACUAAACCCUCUCAUCAUCCAAAGCCAGUCAAAGGCAGACCCAAGAAAGGCGCCAGGGAUGGCAGAGUACAGAGAAGGGGACAGGGAAAGGGAGAGGAAGAAAGUGGGGCAGGAAAAAAUGAAAUAUCUGAGACUCCAACCGUCGCUGGGGGAGAUGGAAAAGCUUCAAGUGGCACCCAGCACACUCUUGUAUUUGUUCACACUGACGAUAUAUCGGAACCAAGCUACGGUUCUCUGAUACUCUCCUCAGAAGACUUUGAUUCACAAACUGGGCAGAAGGUGGUGGAGGUGGUGAUAUCAUAACGUGUGGAGCAGUGCGGCAGUUGUUGUCCGGGGCAGUGGCGUUCACAAGAGGAAGUAGUCCAGACACUUAAGAAUUAAAAAAAAUGGGUUGUUUGAAAUCAUUUUGAACAACCUUCACUAGACAGAACAUAACCUUUUAAUUAAAAAAAAAUUUUUUUUAAUUACUGUUUAAUUCUCAAACACAACAUGAUCACUUUUCUUUUGCUUUGGUCUAAUUCCACGCCGCAUGUUAAAGGGCUGUCAAAAGGGCUUUGGUAAAAUUAGUGCUGAUUGAACUCUAGUACUUAAGUAAAAGUAAAAAAAAAAAAGUGGACUCAAAAAUGCAAAACUGAAUUUAUCCUGUCAAUCAUUUCGUAUGAUAACAAUACACAGUCGGGAAAAAGGUUUUUAUUAAUGACAUUAAACAGUAAUCAUACUUGUUCAUUCAUCUUUCUUCAUUUGCCCUGCUUAUCCUCACGAGGAUCAUUGAGUUGCAGGAGCCUAUCCCAGCUUACCAUUGAUAGGAGGCGGGGCUACACACUGAACUGGUUAGCAGCCAAUCGCAGGCAGAUGUGGGUAGAGUAGCCAAAAAAUUUUACCCAAGUAAGAGUAGUGUUACUUCUAAAUAAUAUUGCUCUAGUAAAAGUAGUCAUCCAAAAAUUUACUCAAGGACAAGUCAAAAAGUACUAGUUGAAAAGAAUCCUCAAGUAAUGAGUAACAUUGUGAGUAAGGGCUUACAAUCUUAUGAUUUUUUAUUUAUUUUUUUUAGCACAAUUUCAUCUAAAUGAACUUUUAUUAUUUUACUGUACUACAGCCCAAUGGUCACCAGCCUUUUUUGCACCACGGACCGGCAAUGUGUGGCAGAAAAUUACAGUAAAUAUAAAAUCACACGACGGGGCUAAAAACGAACCUUAAGUGCAGGAAAAAUGUAACUCACCAUACGCUGAAUCAAGCUUUUAUAACAGCGGUCUUUCCUAAAACUUGACGGGAAAUAUCCUUGGUCGAUGGCAUAGUGAUUUCUUAUCCAAUCAUGACAGGUUUCUUUGCCUUAACAGUACGGUUCAUCAUAAGGUAUGAUGUUCUCGGUGCUGUUGCCUUGUUUUCUAGCUUUUAGCCACUUAUUAUGCAGAAUGGACUUGGUUGUAGGUUAGGGACAGCACACACAGCAGAUGGCCUUUUCCCCGUAAAAAAGCUGUCCAAAGUCGUCGCCGCCCGCAUCACACAGCCAACAGCAGCCAACAUUAUUGUUUACAUUGAAUGACCCUGGGCUGCAGUCUGCAAACACCCAAAUAAUGGGGGCAAAUCACUAGGGGGGCGAUGAACGCAAAUCUUUACUCCGAUUAGUCAAAAGGCACAGGCCAGAUUGCGGUCGUUAACAAAUUAUUUAUUACAGUAUCUCUAAAAAAUAACGACUAGUGUAACCCAGAGUAACAUAGUAAGAGUAGUGUUUCUUAUUCACAAAUCUACUCAAGUAAAAGUAUUGUGUGGUAGAACUACUUUAAGUAGUUUUGUUAUGACGUCUCAUUGGUGAAAUUGGUAGAGUUACUUUUGGCAUCGCUGGCAAAAAAAAAAAAAACUUAUAUGUAGAACAAAGAGGAAAAAUGGAACGACACUGGUGUAGCCCAAAGUAACGGAGUAGGAGUAGCGUUUGGCUUGGUAAAACUACUCUUAGAAGUACCUUUUCCUCAAAAAGGUUCAGGGAUAGGUGGAAAUAGGACUAUAUCUUCACUAAAAUACGCAACAACCGUGUCUGCCUCUUUUGCAAAGAGACAGUCGCUGUUUUAAAGAGUUCAAUGUGAGGCGAUAUUACCAAACAAGAGGCGCCGACAUGUACAAGAUUACAGGGAAGAUUCGUAGCGAGAAAUUAAAGCAACUUGAAACUAGUUUAAUUUCACAGCAGCAUUUUGCAAGAACCCGAGAAUCGAAAGAGAACGCCACAAAGGCUAAUUGCGAGAUUGUUGAUAUUAUUAUUUAAAAACAAUAAUAAAGCAAAUGUGACACACAGAAUGACCACAGGGUCAUAACAUUGCUAAAAUUUGCUUAAAUAUAUUGUUCUACGUAAAGGACGUCAACCAAGGUCGGCCCCCCACAUUUUUACCACACCAAAUCUGGCCCCUUUUGCAAAAAUUUGGACACCCCUGGCCUAUAGAAAACCCAAGCAGUCAUGGGGAGAACAGAUAGGAAGGCCGGAGCCCGGGAUUCAACCCUUGAUCUCAGAACAGUGAAGCAGACAUGCGAACCACUUGUCCCAAGAUACCUAGCAAUCAUACUGAUAAGUAAAAAUCAUGUUGCAUGUCAAAACAAGAGCAUUGGUUUUAUUUUAUUUCAUCAAAACAUUUUCUUAACACGUUUCUGGAUGUGAAUUCACUACCGGUAACAAAACAAAAAAUGUGGUGAAUGAUAUACUGUAUAUAAAAAAGAAUACACCUUACCAAGUAAAGUAUGUGGGGUUUUUGUGUGAUUCGCUUGAUUGUCGUUUACUCAGUGCAUUUUACAUAACACUUUUGUAACUGUUUUCAAGUUUGUGGAUUAAAAGUAAAAUGUUUUCAGGUUAUAAAUAUCUGUGACUUUAGUAUUGUAACAAUGUAUUUUUGUACUUUUUUCACUGCUGCUGAAAAAAAAAAUGUUGAUGUGGGUGUUUUGGUAAAUGCUCAUUAGAAUUAAAUACAUUAAAUUGUAAUCUCAUUUUUUUCCCAGGACGUUUUCCUCAUAAAAGGGCAACUUUAAAAUCAGAAUCUCAUAUUAUAAUUAACAGUUGAAGGAAAAAAAUAAGCACCUUAAUGUCCGUCCGCAUUAAAAUUGUAUUGGGUCUUUCUUGUCUAACAUUCAUUUUUUUGUAUUUCUGCUUCACCACAAAUGAUGUGUUGUGUUUGAAUUGUGUGUGGAAUUCAUUAACUUUUCUUUC